UCAGUCUCACCUGAGCCGUCUUUCCUACCUGUUGAUUCACUCACUUGUACAUAAUAAUAGUUCGUAUUUAUGUAUACAUUCAUAAUAGGGAGACGUAUAUGUAGUACACGAUCAAUAAUAAGUAGGCUGAAAAAUAUCUAACUUACAAUUAGCAAAUUAUUUAGUUCAUCAGAUAAGUACUUAACAUAAUUAGCUACAUAUUCAUUACAGAGAAUUGAUUUUUAAUCUUUUUAUCGUGACAAUCUUAGCAUAAAUAUUUGUCAUUAAAAACAGUUCACGUGUUUCCAGGAUGUCCCAGCAAAUACCGUGAUUUCACUUUCAUUUGUUUGUUAUCUUUUAAGAUUUUGACACUUUCUUCAUCGGUGCUAAAAAAAUCGCGUGCUAAAACGCCAUUAUGCAAUCUUGAUCAACAAUGUAAUCGUACGACUCCUUGAAAAAAUUACUAUUAUUUUAUUUCUUUCAACACAUAGUACAAAUUUUAACAAGUUUGCUGUGAAUUAUGGUGCUGUUAAGAGAUUAAUAAAUAAGUAGUAAGGAUCUAAAUUACGAGUUCUGCUGUGCCUUAAAAUUGUGCCUGAAUUUUACAUAUUUUUCAAAAAUACUUGUAAUUACGUGAAUUAACAUUUUUAAAACGUGAAUUUAUUAAAUAAAAUAUUCGGUGCUAUUUACUUACACCCCGUGUAGUGGUUGAUAUGUCCCUGGAAGUUUUCAUAAAGUAGUACAGAUAUCAUUAGCACUUUGGCCUAUAAAAAAGCCUUACAUUCCUUCCACUUCAUAAAAUUUAAAGUUUUGUGAAGCAAUAAAAUUCCUCACGGACUUUGUAAUGUAACGACGUGAUUACAUUUUAGUAGUAGCAACAAGAAAUUUAACAAUGCUGCCAGUUAAACCCUGCUUCUGACUUAUGAAAGAUUUCUACUUGGGAAAGAAAGAAUGCAGAAAUUUUGUAUCUGAGACACCAACCACUCUAAAAUUUGAGACAUGAUUAAUGCAGAAAGAACUUGUGACGUGAAUUUGUAGUUGUAAGUGUUACAAGAAGGAUUUGAAACACUGAUUUAUUCAUCAUCAUCUUGGCCAAGGGAUUUAAAAAAACACUAAAAAAUGCUGGACCCUGAAGAAAACAGGAUUUCUGCGGUUGGGCUAUUGGCACGGAGUCCGGAAGGUCAUGCCGCCAAAGGAAUGCAAAUCAAGGGGAAUGAAGACCUCUGGAUUGAAAUUCAAGCACACACCUUCAGAAAUUGGGUGAAUGAGCAUUUGCGACCCUUAGGCCUCUCCGUGAACGAUCUGGCGACCGAUCUUUGCGACGGGACGUGUCUCUGCGCAUUGGUCGAAGCACUGCAAAAACGGACACUUCGCAAAAUUCACAAACCUCAAAAUCAGCACCAAAUGCUGGAAAAUGUUACACGAGCUUUAGAUGCCAUUUCUUCGGAUGGAGUGAAACUGGUCAACAUUGGAAACGUGGACAUCGUUAAUGGAAACUUGAAGCUAAUCCUGGGUUUGAUUUGGUCAUUAAUUGUCCGAUAUCAAAUCGGUCGAUCAAAGUUUCCCCCAAAGAAGUUGAUGCUGGCUUGGCUGCGGUCAGUUUUACCAGAAAACGAAAUAAAUAACUUGACCACGGAUUGGAGAAGUGGGAAGAAUCUGUCCGCUCUGGUGGACUAUUGUCGUCCUGGAUUGAUCCCUAAUUGGAGGGCGCUGAAUGAACAUGAUGGCGAAAAGAAUUGCAGAGUCGCAAUGGAAGUUGCCAAGAAAGAACUUGGCGUGCCUAUUGUUCUGGACCCUGAAUAUUUGGCAUCUCCACAUUUGGACGAGCUAUCCGGGAUGACGUAUCUGUCCUAUUUCAUGAAAGAGAAUGGUCCCGGAUUUCGUACUACGCUUAAUUGGGUCCGAAACCAAAUUCCUCAUCGACAUGUUUCCAAUUUUACGACUGACUGGAAUAAUGGAGAAAUAUUAUGCGAAUUAGUUCGAUCAUUAGGUGGUCCAGUGCCAGGAAUGGACAACAUGUCACUAGAACAGGAUCAAUGGGAGUCCAAUAUUUCAAUGGGAAUGAAAGGCGGCGAGAAACUGGGCGUUACGUCAAUUCUACGCCCGAAAGACAUGGCAGACCCGGCCGUCGAUCAUCUCGGGGUCAUGGCGUAUGUUUCUCAAUAUCAGUGGCUGCCUGCAAGACCACCUCCAGGACAAAGAGUUACGGUGACAUGGGAAACAAAUAUCUUCCGGAAGGGGGAUCCGAUUUCGUUCAGGGUGGAAUGCUUAGAAGAAGAGAUCCACCACCGAGAAAUCGUUGUCGAAGUGAAAGGUCCAUCUGGCCAUUUGGACGCUAGAAUAAACCUCGCCCCGGACGGAGGGCAUGGAAAAGGCACCUUUACCGCGACGGAUAUCGGAAUCCAUGAAAUCGUCGUCAAAUAUCAAGGCGAACCGGUUGUCGGUUCUCCCCUAAAAUGCCGAGUUGUGCCUCGCUUAUCGGAAAUCAGUUACUCGACCGGUCUCGCCCCAUGCGCCGUGGGCUCCAUUGUUGAAGUCCUGGUCAAUCCGCAAGAUCCAUCCGGAGCCAAAUUGGAAUACAUGGAAGUGGUUGCCCUCUCACCGUCGGGAAACUCGAGGCCAUGCACCGUUAACAAAGUGGUGGACGGAUUUGCUGCCACGUUUAAACCGGAAGAGCCUGGAGAAUGGAAAGUGACGGUUUUAUACAAGGAGAAAGAUAUUCAAGGGUCGCCAUUCCCAUGUUUUGUCUACGACCCGAACGGAGUCAUUCUCGAUACGCUGGACGGAGCUUUGCCAGGAUUGCCAUUUGCUUUCAUCUGUGAUUCACGAGGCACCGGUGGCUUGGGAGACGUCGACAUUGACGUAACUCAUGAAGGAAGAUCCAUCCCCUACAACACGGAGUACAUUGCUGAUGGCGUAAAACGCAUCCUUCUUCCCGUUCUGCACGCAGGAAAGCAUAGGGUCCACAUUUACUUCAAUGGACGCGAAAUUCGAGGUUCGCCAUUCAGCCUACGCGUGGGUUCCAGCCGGUCUCGCCGGCAUAAAGAAGGGACGCCACCGGUGCACGGAAAAACCCGCAGUUUUGACACGGACUACUCCUUCGCCAGGGCCGGAAGUCACAGCCCAUUCGCCGCCAAUUACAGCGGUGCUAAACACGUGUCCAGUGGGUCACAGUCUUUUGACGCUGCGACGAGCCGAUCUACUAAAGAAACCACGACAAAAAGUGCCCUUCAAGACACCACGGAUGCGGUUCAUCACCGAUUGAAGUACGGCGGAGGGCUCCCGACUUCUUCGAAUAAGGAUUUGCUCAGUUCGAAACUGGUUUCGACUCGGAUUUCGGACGAAAACCUGAGUUCGGCAUCGGCCAUGAAGUCCUUCUCCGAAUCGACGCGACAUCAUCACAAUCAAAGCAUGAUGAAUUCAAGUGCCAAAUCUUCCACGCUUCAUGAACAGUUCGAAAAGAGUUCAUCUGCGCAUCAGCAGUAUCAUGGGAGUCCGAGUUUUGGAAACUAUAAUGGGAACGGUUAUCAUGGAGAUUUAGUCGUGGAGGGGGACGGGUUGGGGGUCGUGUUGAUAAAUUCGAGUGUCGUGGUGACAAUAACGUCGGAAUUUGGGCAAACUUCGUUGGAUAAUAUUCGCGUGGAUGUGGUCGGCCCCUCUGGUCGAAUCCCAACCCACCUCGUGGACUCUGUGAGUUCCGUCAGUGCCAAAUACACGCCUCUCGAAGUGGGCGAACAUUUGAUAAAUGUUGCUGUGGGGCCUCGACAAAUUGACGGGAGCCCAUUUCGAGCUGCUGUUUUUAACCCAAAAGCCAUAAAAGUUACUCGUGUGCCAAACGGAUUUGUAGGAAGACCGGUCGAAAUUGAUAUCGACGGACGUGGAGCUGGCCCAGGUCACUUGGCCAUUUUGGUGGACGGUGGUCGAGUCACGAGUCAAGUGAAGGCGCUGGGAGAUCAUCGGUUUCGAGCAGUUUUUGUUCCACAUGAAACCGGCCCACACGCUGUGGACAUGACCUUCAACGGGAACAGUGUACCAGGAAGCCCCUGGAGGGUUGAUGUUUAUGAGAAAAAGGGGGACGCACUAAUUGAUGAGGGAACAAUGGAGGCUCGUCAUACGGAAUCCGGAGAUUUGAUGCUUAUUCGGGGAGAUUCUGUGAAGCACGUGCGAUUCGGGAAAAAUGCAGUUUUUGAAAUAAAUGCGCCCGGAUUUAGUAGAGAAGCUGUCGAUGUUAGUGUACUGAGUCCAUCCAGGAAGCCAUUGUCGUAUCGUUUACUGGAAGAAGGGAGUGGCCAAUUUGUCCUUGAGUUCAUCCCCUCAGACGUAGGGUCACAUUACGUCGACAUUAACGUUGCCGGGAGAAGAUUAUCCGCCGUGGCGAAGGUUUACAACUCAUCCGAAAUUAAAGUCUUGGACGUAUCACCGGGCGUUGUGGGACAAACUGUUCAGUUCAAAGUGGAUGCCAAGGAUGCGGGGGAAGGUCAACUAGAAAUUUCCAUAAAUGAUGGCGAGCUUCCUAAUCAAGUUCGCGUCCUGGGAGGAGGCUGUUGUCUGGUGUCGUUUACACCCGAACAGGCCAAACCACACGCCAUCGAUAUCAAGUUUAAUCAGGAGACGAUUCCAGGAUGUCCGAUAAUUUGUCAGGUUGCGGAUACGAGACAAGUUGCUGUUUCUCUGUCUGGGUUGGAAUUGAGCCCUGUCCACCAGAUAUCUAGAUUCCACAUUGCCGUCGAUGGCUCCAGUUCAGCAGAGUUAGCGGUCGCAGUGAAAGGUCCGAGCGGAGACUUGCCGGUGAAAGUCUCGGGGUCAGUGAGAUCUGGUUUUACAGCCGAGUUUACUCCCAUCGAAGUCGGACCGCACUCCAUAACGGUUCAUCACAACGGAGUCCCAGCACCUGGAACACCCUUCACAUCAAAAGCUUACGAUGCCAAACGCGUUUAUGUGAGUCCCGUCCCUCGAGGAGCGUUGGGCAGGAGCAUUCAAUUUACCGUGGAUGCUAGUCAAGCUGGAGAAGGGAAUCUAGAAAUUACGAUAGGUGCCAGAGGUCGAAACGUCCCAACGCAAGUUCAUCCUCAAGGUGGGGCCAGAUUCAACGUUUCCUUUGUCCCACUUGAACCUGUGGACCAUACCGUUACUGUCACUUUCAAUAAGGAACCUGUACCUGGUUCGCCAUUCAUGGCCACCGUUUCAGCCGACCCUGGUCAAGUGGUCGUCAGUGGGCCAAGUUUAGCAGCGACGCCAAUCGGAAAAACGGCACACUUUGCUCUUAACAAUGUUCACGGAUCAUUAGACGAUGUCGAAGUUUCUGUUGAAGGACCGGGCGCCCUCAUCGUCCCCACGCAGGUACUGGAACGGGGGAAAAACCUUUUCGGAGUGGAAUUUAACCCCAAGACGCCUGGCGAGCAUAGGAUCACUGUUUCCAUAAAAGGCGUCCCCGCCUCGGGGUCACCGUUUGCUUGCAAAGUUUACGACGUGGGUUCCAUCCGGGUGAAAGACACGGAGAAAGGGAUUGUCGGAAAGCCUGUGACUUUUCUGGUCGAAACGUCUAAAGCUGGACCCGGAAAUUUAGAAGUGACCGUUAACGGGGGUCAAGUGCCAACUUCCGCCCAAGCCCAAGGCAGCCAUACUUACGCCAUUUCUUUUACACCAAAAGACGCAAAACCGCACAUGAUUGAGCUCCGAUUCAACAAUGAAGACGUUCCCGGAAGCCCUUUCCGUUGCGAGGUUAUCGACGCCUCCAAAGUGGUCUUGAAGGGGGACGGAUUGGAGAAAGUUCCCGUGGGGAAAAGAGCAACUUUCACCAUUGAGCCCGAAGGAAAACCAGGCUUCCCCGAGGUGAAGGUUACUGGACCGGCCAAAAACGUGGUCCACUCUUCAAUUCAGACUCCAUCCGAUAAUAAAUUUUUGGGAGAAUAUGUGCCAUUGGAAGUCGGCGACCAUACGGUUGACGUGUCGAUUGGGGGAGUGGUUGUUCCCGGAAGUCCAUUUUUAGUGAAAGCCUACGAUGCAAGUAAAGUCCGAGUGACCGAUAUUACACCGGGAAUCAGGGGAAAACCUGUCUAUUUCUCGAUUGAUGCAUCUGGAGGAGGUGCCGGAAAUCUUGAGAUUAUUGUUUCCGUUGGGGGAAGAAAUGUCCCCAAUUAUGUACAGGCCGAGGGAAAUGCAAAGUUCAAAGUAAAUUUUAGACCGCAAGAAGCCGCACCACAUUUCAUUUCUGUGAGAUUCAAUGGAGAAUCUGUUCCAAGCUCACCAUUCGCGUGUCGAGUGACCGACACCGAAAAAGCAACUGUGACCGGUCCUGCGCUAAAAUCUGCAGCAGUAAAUCAGCCCGCAUCUCUAACGGUGGACCCACAAGGGGCUGACGUCACUAAUUGCAACGUCAUGGUGUUGACCCCUUCACUUCUCCAUCUCCCCAUCAACAUUACGGGAGCCCUGCCAAACAAGGUACAAGCCGGGUUUACGCCGACGGAAGUGGGACCACAUUCAAUCACCGUGUCGUUGGAUGGAGAACCAAUUUCUGGAAGUCCGUUUAAUUGCAAUGUGUACGAUGUUUCGAAAGUGCACGUGAGUGGGUUAAAAGCGGGCGGAAUUGGACAACCGAUAACCUUCACGGUGGAUGCCUCCACUGCGGGAGAAGGAACGCUCGAACUCGUUGUCACAACAGGAAAGCAAUCUCUGCGAGCUGAAGUCAGUGCCAGAAGUCGUGGUUUGUACGACGUUACAUUUAUCCCGCAAGAAGCAACGACUCAUUUUGUCAAUAUAACUUUCAACGAGAAUGAUGUCCCUGGAUCACCGUUUGAAUGCGCCAUAGAAGAAUCAUACUCCACCGUGAACGGGGGCUCUGGCCUGGAAUUGGAAAGUAUCAGUGACUCCUCUUUACUGCAACACGGCAUAAUUUCGACCGGAUUGGACCCCGUCAUUGCGGGAACGAUGGCAUACGUCGAUCUGGAAAAGAGGGGGUCAGGAACCCCCAAAGUUUCCGUGAUUGGUCCGGAUGGAGCGAGCACGCUCAAAAUCAAGACACGCGUCCUUCCAUCGGGCUACGUAAGGGCAGAAUUUACCCCGGAUCGGGUUGGCACGUAUGAAAUCAAUGUCUUGGAAGGGUCGAAGGCCUUGAUGCUGCCGAAUCCGUUGCGAGCUCGGGUUUUUGAUCCAUUACUCGUCCGAAUUCGAGAUAAGAAAGAAACUGCCGUUUUGGGACUUGAUUAUUCCUUCACGGUUGAAACGGCCCGAUCCGGACUGGACCUUGAGGCUGGAGACUUUCUCGAAAUCCAAGUAAAAGCAGGCUUGGGAAAUGUGCCAUGCACCAAACGGGACUUGGGCAAUGGAAUGUUUGCCGUUAAUUUUAAACCCGUGCUGCCUCUACUUCAUCGAGUUCAUGUUUUAGUUCAUGGCUAUAAUGCGAAAGGGUGUCCAUUUGAUAUCUUAGUUUCGGACGAAAUCCAUGCAAAGGACACUGUCGCGACUGGAUCUGGGCUUUAUUUAGCGAGAGCUUCACGUUCAGCAGGAUUCACCAUUAUGACGAAAGGUUCUUCUGGCCGUGACUUUGACGUUGUCGUGAGUGGAAUUGGGGGCGUCGCCGUUCCCGUCAGAUGCUAUCAGCAACGCGAUGGAAAUCUACGGGCAGAAUUUACUCCUGGAAGCCCUGGAAAUCACGAAGUAGCCGUGUACCACAGGAGCAAAAUGGUUAAAGGGUCUCCAUUCAUUUGCCAUGUUUACGACCCACAAAAAGUGCUGAUGGGAUCAAUUCCUACCUCAAUGACGGUUGGUCAAUGUAUCACUUUACCAAUUGAUGUCAGUCAGGCGGGUGAAGCGCUUUUGGAGAGUGACGUCACGGGACCGGAAGGUCUACCAAAACCUUUGUUCCCCGUCAUGGAUGAACGACAUGGAGAGAACGUUUUGAAAUUUGUGCCGAGGCGACCGGGAAAAUAUAAAGUUAUGCUGCAUUAUGGAGGCGAGCCGGUUCCCGGGUGUCCAAUCGUCAUUCAAGCCGAAGAAGCUGGGGCUGCAAAAUCGGAGGGGACAGGACUUCAUUCUGCCCACGUUGGGAAAACAGCCAUGUUUCAAAUCUUUGGACCAGGCCUCCCCGGCGUUCCAUCGGUAACCGUGGAAGGACCGGAUUCCGUUGCUCGGUGCGAUGUCAAACGAGUAUCAACCUCAGAUAAGGAAGCCGGUCAUUUCCAAGCUUCUUACGUCCCCUCGGAAGUCGGUGUAUUUGAUGUUCGCGUAACCUGGACAGGAAUUGAUAUUCCGGGCUCUCCAUUCCACCCAAGAGUGGUGGAUAACUCGAAAUUAAGGAUUAUCGGGGGAUGGGAUGCUCACUGCUCGGCGGAUGAAAUGGGGAAAGUUAUCCAACUUAUUGUCGGCGAAGAGCGCAAAAUAGCUUUUAACACGGCAGACUCCGGCCCAGGAACUUUGGAAGCAAAAGUUGAACUCACAUCGGACCCUGCUGUCAAUUUAGAAGAUUUUUGUCGCGUUGAAACCAACGCUGGGAGUCGAAGCAAGAUGAUUUUAACGCCAAGAAAAGCUGGAGAUUAUAAAUUAUCCUUGAAAUGGGGACCCUUUGAUGUGGAUGGUGCCCCAAAGAAAAUUUCGGUCCAAUCUAUCCCUGCCGGGGAAUACGAUGGGCCCGUCGUCUUGAGCGGGGCCGGCGUUGUAUCCGCUCGUUGUGGGGAAGAAGCUUAUUUUACGAUUGAUGCGUCACAAGCAGGCCUCGGACCAGCACAGGUGUCCUUGAGUAGCUCUGAUGUAGAUGUCCCCGUUACCGUGCAGCCAUUAGGGGGUGGAAUUUAUAAGGGAAUUUAUGUUCCCAGAAUUCCUGGAAAUUAUGAACUUAAUGUUUUAUGGGGUGGAAAACCCGUGCCUGGAUGUCCCAUGACGGUUCAGAUCGGCGCUAUUGGUGAUUCGUCGAAAGUAAUUUGCACGGGUGACGGACUCCGAGUUGGCACAGUUGGGAAGGACAUUCGUAGCUUUAUUGAUACGAGACGUGCCGGUCCUGGAGAAUUGACAGCCCAAUGUACUGGUCCCCGAAAAACGGCAUAUUGCGAACUUUACGAUCACGGAGAUGGCACCUUUACACUUAACAUCCGUCCCCAAGAACAUGGCAAACAUCAACUGGCCAUUAAAUAUUCGGGGGAUCACGUUCCUGGGAGCCCCUUCAACCUAAAGGUUGUCGGACUUCCGGAUGCGUCCAAAGUGAAAGUUUACGGGCCCGGAAUUGAGCACGGAGUUUUAGCCACGUUUCAAUCCAGAUUUAUCUGCGACACGAGAGGAGCAGGGGCCGGACAACUUACAGUCCGAGUUCGUGGUCCGAAAGGAGCCUUUAGAGUUGAAAUGCAAAGAGAAAGCCAGAAGGACCGAACUAUUUUGUGCAAGUUUGACCCCACGGAACCUGGAGAUUAUCGAGUAGAGGUUAGAUGGGCAGGAGAAGAUGUUCCUGGCUCGCCAUUUUCCGUUAUGAUUUUUGAUACACAAGAAGAGCUACAUCACUUUCUCAACUACCAGGUAAAGGGAGUGUCCCCUGGACCCGGGGCCGCCUCGGAAUUUUACGGAUCGACUGGUUAUUCAAUGGGACAAAUGUCUUGGAGAGGGUCCCAAGCUCAGCUUUAAGUUAUUUUAUCUGUAAAAACUUAGGCUGGAUUUUCAGUAACAUUUGGAAAGUCAAAUUGCUGGCCUGGACAAUCAGAAUCAGAAUAUUUUGUUUUUUAUUUAUGAAAAAAAUUACAUAGUUGAUGUUAUGUUUUUCAGAUUUUAUCUAUGUAUUGAACUACUUAUUUAUGCUCAAUGACACUUAUUGUUGUUACAUGUUGCAAUAAAGACAAUAAAAUAAUAAAUAUUUAUAAAGGUGUGCAAUUAAAAA